AUGGUGGUGGUGGUGACGGUGGCUUUCUCUCUUGGUGGCGGAAAAGGAAAAAAUGCGCCGGAAGUAGAAGUAAAAGAGUUUUUCUUGUCUGUUCCAGUUUUCCCCAAUGCCCCGACAGCGCCUGGGAUGCCUUGCCAGGGCGAAGAUCGUAAGUACGGGGAGGACGACGUGGAAGGUUCCACGUCGGAGCAUUUGUCCUCCUGUGUUAUUCAGCUGGGUUGA